AUGAAUCUAUGGAUUCAAGACUGUCCCUUCAAACUUGAUAACUUGUCCUCACUUCAGUUUUACGUUAGUAAGAACUCGUUUCAAACAGUCUGUGACGAUAAGUCAGGAUACCAUCACAUCCUUUUGUCGCCAGAGAGCAGACAAUUUUUGGGGUUUGAAUGGGAGGGCAACUACUACGUCUAUAAUGCCUUACCCUUUGGGUGGAAAGCAUCAGCCUAUAUUUAUCACUCAACUGGAUUGCUAGCCUCGCACUAUUUUCGAUCUAUUGGUGCUCUCUACAUUGAUGACCGCCACACGGGGGAGCUUGUUCUUCAAUCCACCCAUUCGGCCAACGCAGCUCUUGGUUCUGACCUUGAACGUGGCCGCGCUCGAGCAAACGCAGCUGCCUUCUUAGUGUUCUUCACUCUUCUAUCACUUGGAUAUUUCCUUGGCUUGGCAAAGUCCUCCCUGAUUCCGAAGCAGCGUGUGCGAUAUUUGGGGUUUUAUAUCGACUCACGUAAUCAAAGCUUUCAGUUAUUAGAGGAAAAGCACAAGUUUAUCGAGCUUACAGAGUCGCUCUUGGCGGGGAGCAACACUACUAUCAAGACCCUGCAGCGUUUUGCAGGAAAGGCUGUAUCAUUCUCGCGGGCAAUGCCGGGAGCGCGUCUUUUCACGAACGAGGUCAACGCCGCAAUAGCAAAAGGAACAAGAUCGUCACGGCCUAUCUCGGUGAAAAGGCCCUUGCGGGAGGAAAUCGAGCAAUGGUUAUUUUUAAAGCAUUGGAACGAAGUCGUCCCCUGGGUCUCCUUGUUUGCAUGGGGUGCAUUCCUCAAGCCGGGUACCCGGCCUCUCAGUAUCCGCGACUACUGGCCUCAAGACAAAUUGAACAGUCACAUCAAAGUUAAGGAAACCCUAGCCCUGGUUAACGCGUUAGAAGCCUUUUCAGAUCUCGCAAAGGGUUGCCGCGUCGACGUUUUCACAGACAGUCAGGUGCUGAUGGGCGCCUGGAAUAAGCAGGGUAGCAAGUCACACGCGUUGAACCAAGCUUUUAAAAGGCUGUUUAUGGUCAUUACCCAAUAUGGUAUGCAAAUCUGGCUUAUUUUUGUCCCGUCUUCUCCGAACGCCGCUGACGCACCUCCCCGUGAGCUUGCCCGGGUUGACGCCAAACUGUCACAAGAAGCCUGGGUUCAAGUAUAG